AUGAGGAAAGAAAUUCCAAGAGAGACAGUCAAACAGGCAACAGACCUGUUUUAUUCUUGCGAACCGGUGGUGGACAAGCAAGAUGGAACACUUUAUUUGCCGAUUUCCGACAUUGCUAAAAUGCAGACCUCCAGGUCAAGCGUUCUGGCCAACCUGAAUCUGAAAGAACUGGAAACCACGUUUCGGUUGUUGGAUGUAAAUGGGGAUGGUAAACUUACACUUGAAGAAUUUAUCGAUGGGUUUAGUCAAUUCCUCAUGGCCGCUCAGAGUACCGAAACCGCGCGAAUCAUCCAGAAAAGGCGGGCUGAAGAAGAGAUGAUAAAAAAUCAGGAAUUGAAAGGCGAGGUUACACGAGCCCGCGAAAACAGUGUCGCGUCGCUCGCUAUUAUUCAACAGUUGUUCUCCAGCACCCUUUACAACACUAUCAAAACAACCAUGCCAAAACUGGUAACCGAAUUCGAAUCAAUGAUACAACAAGCAUCAAAAGAAAUAGAUGAUAUGCAAAAGUCCAUGCAUCAGAUGGAGUGCAAAUUAGAAAGGCAAACACAAGCACAAGAAACAGAACAAAUCGAGAUCUUGAGAAAAGAGAAUGACAAACUUACCGAAGCGCUGGAGGAAGUGGAGACCACAGCGAGAUUGGAACAGGCCAAGCGAGAAAAAGCAGAUGCGUUCACCUGUAAACGGAUCCAAGUAGAAUGCGAAGAACUAAUGCGGAAGUUAGACCAGCUGAGGGAGCAAAAUCGACGACUACGUGACGAGCGCGAUGAAGCAAUACAUGAUGAUCGUGCACGCAAUCUAGUAUCGACCGGUAGCCUUAUGGAUGAAGUCAACGAAGUCUUUGGGAGACAAAGAAUGUGUCCAGAUGAAGGCGCAGAGGUCAAAAGAACGACUGCACAAGUGCUGCAAUCGGGCGAGAUAACCUCACCCCAAGAUGCCGUGGUGAUAGCAACAGAAGUGUUUUCCGAUGACGAUUAUGAAUUUGAAGAUUCAUGGAGUCAGUCAGUUGACUCAUUUAAUUUGAAGAAAACCAUUCAUGAGGCAGAACCAUCUCUGGGAAUAGGCCAGUUGCAAAAGUCUCAGCAGGUUGCGGUCCAUGAAGGAGUUUUUGGAGACCGAGAUAAAGGAGCUCAGAUCAGUAACACAAUGAAAGGCACUAUUAGCGGCCAACCAAGAGAAUUGGGACGGGGCUUGCGCAUGUUCAAAGUCGCUGUUGUUGGCCAGAGCGGAUCUGGACGAACUGCACUCGUCAGCCGAAUUUGUGGCGAUGAAGAAAUCGAUAAAGCUGGAGAACUGAGAGAGGAGAUUGAACUACGUAUGUGUAACUUAGAAGUGGACGGUGAACGAGUUGUUCUCCAGCUCUGGGAUAUCCAGGGGGACGAUAAAUAUUUCCCGGUUAAUCAGUAUAUCUGCGAAAAAGCUGACGGAGUGAUAUUUAUUUAUGCUGGAUGUUCAAUGUCCGACUUCAAUCAGCUGGAUCACAGAAUUAUGAAACUACUCAAGGGAUUGAAAACAGCAAAAAAACCUUGGGAGGAUACAGUGAACGUUCUGUGGGCCAAUAAAUGGGACUUAGUCAACUCUUCUCCAGCUUUUCUACCGGUUCCGAGAGCCUCCGCAGAGGGACUUGCGAAAACACUGGAGGCCGAUUAUUAUGAGGUCAGUGCAAAGACUGGCCACAACAUGGAUUCAGCAAUCGAAACAUUUGUCAGCGUUGCUAUAAGUUUUCUGACAGGAGCAUUCAGUCUAUUGUCUUACUGUUGCGGUCUACUAUGGUCAGAUGAUUCAGCAGUGCCAAAUGCGAACUUCUGCAUUCCGUUUCCACAGAAGCAAACGAUGGAAAGGCGCAAAUUGAUGGCUACAUAUUUGGAGUUUGUAUGUUUCUUACUGAGUAUUGCUGGGACAUUUGGAUCUCUGAUGUUGAUAACCACCACUGCAUUACGUUACCAGGGACGAACGACAGAUGCCAUCGAUAGUCCGUCUGGGGUAGCGUGCGAACCUGACUUCGGGGUUUGUCGAAUUAUUCGCAUCGGAGAGAUCUUGAACGCAACCCUCAUGUUUUUAUGCAACCUGUGUCUACUGACGGUGAUAACCAAUGUCCCAGCAUUGUUUCGAAAAAAGAGAAUAUCAUCUGUCGAUAUUGGAAACAGGUUCCUAUUAAAGCAUACAGACCAAUUAUCGGACGGUUUGGCCACUCGAAUUUGCAUUUGUUUGCGUUUAGGGCGGAUGUUACUGUCCCUUUCGUCCGUUUUAAUUUCUUCCGGUGGACUCAUCAUUUUGGGCCGCUUGUUACAACUGAUCACGUUCAACAGUUCGCACUCCAAUGAUUUCGCAUUAGUUCAUGAAGUUUUAUCCCUUACAACCGGUAUAUCUUGCAUUGCCGCCGGCCUGUUUAGCGUUACGGCUGUUCAGUGCUGCUCGGUUCCCCUGGAGACCUUCAUCGAUCAGUACAAGGAUCCACAUAUAAUCAUGAUCAAACCUAAAUUCAGUCACUCGUUAUAUGUUUUUGCAUUGAUUCUCACAUUUCUGGUAAUCCCAUCUACCAUCAGCAGCUAUGUAUCACUACAGAUGCCUUACUUUUCGAAACAAACCUUAACGAACCAACAACCUACACAGCACCGCUCACAAAACCUUGUAAAUAUGAGUUACACUCUCUUGUUUUUCGCUAGUGUCGCUGCUUAUCUUUCUGCAGUGGCCCUAGCAGCCGUCCUAUUGAUUGACCUUUUCGCACGCAUCAAGUUGAUGACCUUGAAUAGUUUCACUAACACAAUGAAUCGAUGUUGGACUCGAAGCAGUUCGAUGCCACUGGAGAUCAUAUCUUUGCAACCACGUGACACAUGUGACUGUUCCAAAUUAGUUGAAGACCAGAAUACACGUGAUUCAAGCAGAUCCAACUACACAGGAGGCCAGAUUCAAUGGAAUCAACUGAUAACUAGUUUCUGUGAAGGCGGAAAUAAUUCUGUUCCUCUGCCCGAUGACCAGACUGAACUGCCAACCGUGCUCGAUAACCGUCGUUUCUCACUGGCAGUCGAGAGUACAGUCAACACACGGCUUCCUGGUACACUCCGGCAAACCAAUCAAAAUGGAGGCAUACAGAGCAUGCUUCGCAGCAGCUGCGUUCCGGAAACUUCACAGAAUUUUGAGGCCACCAAUAAACCUCCACAUUAUAAACAUCAGCAGCAAGUUCCUCUCUCGCAACCCUUGGAAAGUCCGAAUAAUGGCCAGCUUGUAUACAAAUGUACCACUGCAUUAUUUGGCCAUCAGCCGUGCGAAUACCAGAAGCCGCUCACACACUCCAUUUUACCACCAUAUUUUCGAAACCAGCACAAAUUUGAAGCAUGUGAAUACAUGAGUUGCGAUCUCUUACAUCCCGUAAAUCAAGAUGACCUCAACGGCGGAAGGCCGUGCGAACCAGAUAAUGAAAAGUUUAGUGACAAACUCGUUGGUUAUUACUACAUCGACACAACCAGUGAAGACUUUAUCACCUCAGUCUGA